CUUACGUACAAAUAAAAAUGCACCAAAUUAUCGAUUCAUUGUUAUUGAUUUUGAAAACCAUUCUGAAAGUAAUUGGAUAACUUUGAUACCGAAAAAUCAGAAAUUUUUACGGGCUUGUCUUCGAAGUUUGAUAGUCAGUCGGAUAAAUAUGUUGAACACUCCAAAAGAGGAAAGUAGCUUCUAGAGUUUCGGAAGGAGACCAAUGAAAAAGAUUAAUUAGAUGUUGACUUCAAAAUGGUGACACUUCGUAGCAACGACAUCUAUCUUCUGCGUCGAGAUGACGCACGAGAUCGCGAUCCGGAUCGGGACCGGGACCGCGGACCCGAAGGAGAGCGGGACCUACGGCGGGACGGCGAACGAGACGCCGCUGUUUUUCUUCCACGGCUUCUGGGCAUUCCCUCUUCCGCGCCUGCGGUUAGCAUCGCUGGGGCCGGGCUCAUCGUCCUCUAUUGCGGCAACCGUAUUCUCGGGACUCGAAGCCGUGAAAUUUAUUGCCAUACCAAUCUUCUCCAUUUUUUUCAAGAUGCCCAAAUCGACUGCAUGGUUUACUCUCAUUCUAAUGUCGUCCAUGUCCAAAUUUCCCUCUUCAUUCAUUUUGGCACUAAAAACCAUCGUUUGCUUGAUCUCCGGUUUCCCAAUACUCCAAUAUUCCAAUGAAAGAUGAAAUUUGCAAUGGCAAUUUCAUUGCCAUUCAUUGUCAUCUAUAUAUUACGUUGCCGCAAGCUUUGAUACACGUUUAGCACGAAAGCAAUGGUAUAAUAUGUCACAUGUUUUGGAUCGUCAUGCUCGAAACAAACAAAUGAUGAUGCAAUUUGAGAAUGAAUUGGAACGUCUGAUGAAUGAGCGUGAUAGAUUAUCAUCCGAUUUGUUGGACGUUCAAAAACGAACCUCAACUAGCAGCAAUGACUUGGACAAUGAGGAAGAUUUAAUUAAAUCUAAUCUGACUUAUGUCCAAGAAAGCAUUAAUAAUACUCAACAAGCUUUGUUGCAAUUCGAUGAUAGUAAAGAUUUCAAUGUGGGUGAAUCGCACAAUGUGCAAAAGUUCAUCAACGAAAUCGAUAAUAUCGACGAGGCGAAAUAUUUGUUAGAACGUUUAUCUACGAACUCAGUAGACUUGUUAUGCAAAGUGGCCAAUUUGGAAAAUCACUUGCAGGAACGUAUUGCUUUAUUAAAAGAGGCUCAGCAAGAAUGUCUUGUGCAGCAACAAUUGUUACAGCAUUUCAUAGCACAAAAUAAUUUGGAAAAAAUAACCGAUUUAUUUGAAUCGUUAAGCUUAAGCGUCUCGAAAUCAAAUUGCAUUAGAACUAGCGGUUCGCAAAAGUCUUAA